AGCGGCAGCAGUGGUGGCAGUGGCGCUCCUCACCAGAUUUCUAGCUCCUUUCUCCCCCCUCCUCCACUUCUUCCUCCUCCUCCUCCUCUCCCCCCUCCCCAGGAAAGCUUUUCUCUCACCCCCUCCUUCUCUCUUCUCCAUCUACAUCGAGUGACAGAACAGAGGCUGAGGAGGAGGACUGCAGAGAGAGUGGAGAUGCGUUAGCCUACCACAAAUACUACAUCUCCACGUCUGGAUAUCUGCUUAUUUUUACUACCUAUUGACUGAUUGGAGAUUUAAUCCUCCCAAGGUUUUUUUUUUAUGAUUUUAUGCAACUGGAUUUACGGAGCGUGAUUGCAGGGGGAAGCCUUCAGCGGCGGCGUUAAGUGGAGCAGGGGCAUCUGGCCGUCUGGGAGGCAACGACGGCCGGCUGGCUGCAUUGUGUUGCUUUGAUGACCCCCGCUGUGUAGCAGCCUGCUCAUCAACCUCCCCUCUCUCUCUUUCUCUGUCACCCUCCCCUUUAUUUCUCCUCUCUUUCCUCCUCCUCCUCCUCCUCCUCCUCUCUCCAUCACAGCUCCCGGCCCAGCCAUGUUCGGCACAGAAUCCUCAUUAAGCAUGUUUCUCAACACCCUGACACCCAAGUUCUACGUGGCUCUGACGGGCACGUCCUCCCUCAUAUCAGGACUCAUAUUGAUCUUCGAGUGGUGGUAUUUCAGGAAGUAUGGGACAUCCUUCAUAGAGCAGGUGUCUGUGAGCCACCUGCGCCCCCUGCUGGGUGGAGUGGACAGCAGCUCCCCUAGUAACUCCAACACCAGUAACGGAGAGGCCGACUCCAACCGGCAGAGCGUAUCCGAAUGUAAAGUAUGGAGAAAUCCACUGAAUUUAUUUCGGGGAGCUGAAUAUAAUCGGUAUACGUGGGUCACAGGUCGAGAGCCACUGACGUACUACGACAUGAACCUGUCAGCACAAGACCACCAGACCUUCUUCACCUGCGACUCUGACCAUCUGCGUCCGGCUGACGCCAUCAUGCAGAAAGCAUGGAGGGAGAGAAACCCACAGGCUCGAAUCUCUGCUGCACACGAAGCUCUGGAGCUUGAGGAUUGUGCGACUGCAUACAUCCUGCUCGCAGAGGAGGAGGCCACCACCAUCAUGGAGGCCGAGCGUUUAUUUAAACAGGCACUAAAAGCCGGAGAGAGCUGCUAUCGCCGCAGUCAGCAGCUGCAGCACCACGGUACACAGUACGAAGCCCAGCACAGAAGAGACACUAAUGUGUUGGUGUACAUAAAGAGGAGGCUGGCCAUGUGCUCCAGAAAACUGGGUCGCACACGAGAGGCCGUUAAAAUGAUGAGAGAUUUAAUGAAGGAGUUCCCUCUCCUCAGUAUGUUCAACAUCCAUGAGAACCUGCUGGAGUCUCUACUAGAACUCCAAAACUACGCCGACGUCCAGGCCGUUCUGGCCAAGUAUGACGAUAUUAGUUUACCCAAAUCUGCAACAAUAUGCUACACAGCAGCCUUGCUCAAAGCCAGGGCGGUAUCGGACAAGUUCUCUCCAGAGGCGGCAUCCAGACGAGGGCUGAGCACAGCAGAGAUGAACGCAGUAGAAGCCAUCCACAGAGCAGUGGAAUUCAACCCCCACGUCCCCAAAUAUCUGCUGGAGAUGAAGAGUCUGAUUCUCUCAGAACACAUCCUGAAGAGAGGCGACAGCGAGGCCAUCGCAUAUGCCUUCUUUCACCUGCAGCACUGGAAACGGGUGGAGGGGGCGCUCAUGUUGCAUUGCACCUGGGAGGGCACAUUCAGAAUGAUCCCAUAUCCUCUGGAGAAGGGUCACCUCUUCUAUCCAUACCCCAUCUGCACAGAGACGGCUGACAGAGAGCUGCUACCCAUGUUUCAUGAGGUGUCAGUCUACCCGAAGAAGGAGCUGCCCUUCUUCAUCCUGUUCACAGCUGGCCUCUGCUCCUUCACAGCCAUGCUGGCUCUGCUCACACACCAGUUCCCCGAGCUCAUGGGAGUGUUCGCUAAAGCUUUCCUCAGCACGCUGUUUGCUCCCCUGAACUUCAUCAUGGAAAAGGUGGAGAGCAUCCUGCCGUCCAGCCUCUGGCACCAGUUGACCCGGAUCUGACCUGAAAUGGACUCAGACCUCCAUCCGGACUCCAACAGCCAAACUGAAACCCAGAACUCUGCAUCGGAUAGGACUGACACCUUUGUGCCAAGACCACGAGUUCAAACCAAACAGACGACAAAGAGGACGAGGAGGCAUGAAACGACAAGGCAAACCACCAGAUUUCAGAUUUGGUUUGACUUUAUUUAAUAUGUUUGCAUUUUUUGGGGUUUUCAAUCAUCUAAAGCUGGUUUUUUGUUGUACAAAAGAGGUGAUCAAUUGACAUCAUGAAAAAAUGAAAAGACAAAAAAAUACAAUAAAGGACUUUUUGUGUAUCGCUGCAA